GCAGCGUUGUCUCAGUCUCGUUCGACAACGUGUGCCGUCCGGUCGUCUCUCGUGCGUCGCGUCGUGUCCCAUCGAAUCCGUCGAGUUCAAACCGAAAAUUUAACGUCGCGAUACUUGGAUCAACGGAUUUACUGUAAAUUUUUAUUUUUUUAGUCGUCAUCCAACCGUAAGACGCAUAAUAACCGAAAAACAAACGGCCAAUAAUAAUUUUAUAAUUACGUGUACGGGUCAGUUUCGCACGUGCAGACGUCGCUUAGCUAUCGUCGUAGUCCUCCGUCUUCUCGCGGCCACGCGCUGAUAGCGGUAUUGCUGCAGUGGCCGAAACGCAUGGUGGCCGUCGUUCGACACGAACCGUGGACAUGAACGGCGGUCGAGUAGCCAAGCGGCUGCUGGCCGUCGUGCUGGCCCUCAGCACGCUGGUCACGCUGGGCUUCUACUACAACGGCUUGUCGUCCGGCGUCGGCGUCGGAGGCGGUGGUCGUUCGGACGACCGGCCACAGCCGGCAGCGUUAUUGCCGGCCAUCGAGUGGCCACAGCGCUCCGAGGACGAUUCGUCGGCCAAUGACGUCGCACCGUCUGCGCACAGAAAGCGGCCGGGGGUCGCCCUGCAACACAGGGUCGCGCCGCUGACGGCCACCGUGGACCGAGACACAUGUCCGGUUCUUGGGUUGGCCAACACUACCAUUGACACGGCUGCGGAGUUCUCGCGAUUCGAGUUCCAGCCUUAUUGGAUGAAAAGUAAAGAAUAUUGGAACAACAGUUUCGACGAACGUUACAAGAAACUCCACGAAGACGUUAUCAAUAAAAAACGACUUCCACUCAAGAUUAUCGUGGUGCCCCAUUCGCACAACGACCCGGGAUGGCUGAGAACAUUCGAGGGCUACUAUCACUUGCAGACAAGCAAAGUGCUGAACUACAUGGUGGAAAAAAUGACAGUAUUAAAAAACAUGACAUUCGUUUGGUCCGAGAUAUCGUUUUUGGCGCUGUGGUGGGAAAGCGCUCAUCCAACGAAAAAGAAAGUGGUCCAGCGGUUACUGGCGGAAGGACGUUUGGAGAUCACUACCGGAGGAUGGGUGAUGACGGACGAGGCAACAACUCACAUCUACGCCAUGCUGGAUCAAUUGAUCGAAGGUCACCAAUGGGUGAAGAACAACCUCGGAGUGAACAUCAAAACCGGAUGGUCGGUGGACCCGUUUGGACACGGUCCAACGGUUCCGUAUCUGCUAAAGAAGUCCGAGAUCACCGGCGGAACGGUCAUCCAGCGUUUGCACUACGCGUGGAAGGAAUGGUUUGCACGGACGCAAAACGGCGAUUUCAUGUGGAGGCAGAACUGGGACCGAACGGGUCACACCGAUACUUUGGUGCACAAUAUGCCGUUUUCCAUAUACUCGAUAAGAGGCUCUUGCGGUCCUCAUCCACAGGUGUGCAUCAAUUACGACUUUCGAAAGGUGCCCGGCGAGUUCACUGAUUACUCGGAACUGGCGGUUUUCAUAGACGACCAGAACGUGAAGCAGAAGGCAGACGUGCUGAUGGACCAAUACGGCCGCACGGCGUCCGUGUCGCCGUACAACGUGGCUCUGAUACCACUAGGAGACGACUUCCGGUACGACCACGACACCGAGUGGGACCAACAGUACACCAACUACAUGAAGCUAUUCGACUACAUAAACGCCAACAAGGAGAGAUACCACGGGGCGGAAGUAGGUUUCGGCACGCCGUCGGAUUUCUUCCGGGCGCUGAGGGCGAGAAGCGACGGAAAGUUCCCCACUUUGCGUGGAGACUUUUUCGUCUACAGUGACGUGUUCUCCGAGGGCCGACCGGCCUACUGGAGCGGAUACUACACGACUCGGCCGUACUGGAAGGUGCUGGACCGAGAGCUGGAGAGCAAGCUCAGGUCAACGGAAAUCUUAUACACGUUUGCCGUUAACGACGCUCGGCGGAAGAAGCUCCAGACAGUCAGGCUGCUGGAGCGGAACUACGAGAAACUGACCAGGGCCAGACAGAAUUUGGCGCUAUUCCAGCACCACGACGCCAUAACGGGCACGUCCAAGUCUUUCGUGAUGAACGAUUAUGCACUGAAACUAUUCGAGGGCAUCCAAAACUGUGCAGCGAUCCAAAGCUACGCGGUCCAGUGUCUGCUGUCAAAGGCCGGGGACUCGGGAGCGCCGCUAUCUGCAAAAAUUGUAGUGCCCGACAGUGACCGUCAGACGUAUGACCAGCCGACGUACAGGCUGGCGUUGAACAUCGACAAGUCUAGGCCCCGAAACGUGAUCGUCUUCAACCCCCUCGGCCGCCGGAAAACAGAGCCCAUAAAGGUUUUGGUAUCGGAACCGAACGUCCGGGUGGUGGACAGCGAUGGGUCAGUCGUCCGACACCAGAUAAACCCUGUAUGGAACCUGAGCGAAACUGCCGAGCAGCCGUUGACCAUGUCCAAGGUGUGCUUCGAACUGCUUUUCGUCGCCGUGCUGGAACCGUUGAGUCUGACCACGUUCACUAUCCAAAAGGCGCCGAACCCGGAAGGACUGGCGCUGGUCUACUGCAAAAACUGUGCGGGGCACUCUGUGUUCACCGUCAACCCAAUGAGGCUCGGUGACGUGCAGCUGGAGAACGAUCACAUUCAGGUGCUGUUCGAUGGAAAGACGGGCCUAUUGAGCUCGAUCGUUGACAAGGGCACGGGCGUGUCGCAGUACGUGAACAUUGACUUCGCCGCUUACCAAGCGGCACAGCUGCAUAGUGGAGCGUACCUGUUCAUGCCGGAUCCGAACCUGCGGGACACCGAGAAGAAGGUGCUAGACGACUACCCCGGCCCAUCGACAGUGAUCAUAACAUCGGGGCCCAUAUCGUCCGAGAUCACUGUCGUCUACGGAAUAGUUACCCACAGGGUGCGAUUGUACCACGGCAAGGGUGUGGAGAGCAAGGGCCUGUACGUAGAGAACGUGGUGGACUUCAAGCAGCCACCCAAGAACCGAGAGACGGAGCUAUUCAUGCGGCUGUCGUCUGGCAUUGCCAACGGUGAACCGGCAGUCAUUUACACAGACUCCAACGGGUUUCAGAUGCAGAAGCGGGUGACGGUUAAGCGGGUGGGCAUCGAAGGCAACUACUAUCCGGCCACAACGACCGCGUACAUCGAGGACGACCGGCACAGGCUGACCGUGCUGGUGAACCACGCUCAGGGUGCCGCUGGAUGGGAGCCGGGUCGAAUCGAGCUGAUGCUGGACCGACGGACGCUGUACGACGACUCUAGGGGUAUGGGCGAGGGGGUGGUGGACAACAAGCCGACGCUCACCAAGUACUGGAUACUGCUAGAAACGGUGUCGGACGACGGAAGCGGCUCGAAGGGCGGUGACCGGGUGUCCAACCCCAGCCUGGUGGCCAAUCAGCUGUCCGAGAGCCUGCUGUACCCAGCCGACGUGUUCGUCGUCGAGCCGGACACCGAACACCACCUCCGUCCCGGGCUUGCCAUGAUUGACAGGCCGGUGCCGUGCGAUGUGCACUUGAUGAACUUCCGGACCAACACCGAUCCGGUUUUCCAGCAGUUCCCGUCACCGUCUGCGCUCAUGGUACUGCACCGGAAGGGCUUCGACUGUCGGGUGGACAAGGGCUACCGGAUACCCGAUUGUCAGCUCAGGCGGGAUAGGGGAGUGUUCGACCCGGGCACCGCGUUCGCUGGGCUCGACCGCCUGCAGAUCGCCAGGACCACGGUCACCGGUAUGCAUCCAAUGGACUCCGUUGACCGACUCGACCAAGUGGAGGUGGCCCCGAUGGAGUUGGCUGUGUUCAACGUCACGUUUGUCGAUUGAAUGAGUCACUUCUCACACUCGUAUUCCCACACAACACACAAUUAAUAUCAUACGUUUGUAAUUUCUGUCCGUGACCAAAUUUCUAGAACCUCGUGCUGUGUAAGGAUAACGAAACCUGAUAUAAUCGACAAUAUUACAUCACGUACUAUUUUAUAGUAUGAACAAUGCCGUAUCUUUGAGAGAGAGGGUUUAAACCAACCCAUCCCCCCCCCAUUUUUUAAAAUCUAAUGUUAAAAUGUAUAAUCAGUUUUUAAAAAAAAAGUAAUAUUUCAUUCCCACCACCCCCUCAGAUAAUUUGCUCUGAACACGGCCUCGCGUACGAAUCUUUUGUGAGAAAACUGCUAACUAUAAAAUAUAUUACAUGUAAUAAUAAUAAUUAUUAUUUUUUUACUAUUUUACUCCAAUUUAUUGUACUAUCUAUUACAACACAGUAUAAUAGGUAUACGAUGAAUAUUAUAUUUUAUAAUCGACUCGAUUGUACAGAUAGGUGUUAAUUUUAAGUUUCUCGCACGUCGACUGGCAGCAGGUUGUUUAUAGGGAUGUGCGGAUCGACACGAGACUCCCCCGUACAAGGAAGUUCGUUUCUCGCAGACGCUUAGCGUGAAAACGAUGCGUGAAUACGUAAUAUGUUCACAAAGUUUUUGCCACGCAGAAGUGUAAUAUAUAGAUAAACGUAAGCGAUUAUAAUAUCGUUAUGACGUUAUCGUUGUUUGUAAAAAAAAUAUAAUAUGUUAACUUGAAACUUGUAUAUUAUUUUCUCGCAACAUUAUACUAUUAAACCUAAAAUGUUAUAUUUUGAAUUUAAAAUUUGUUGAAAAAUACUAAAAAAUAUCAAAUCAAAUGUAACGCAUGUCUGCAGUCGUCGUUAUAGUAUUAUUAUUAUAUGUUACGGAUAUUAUCACUGCACAACGUUCAUAAUAAUAUUGUAUAAUUGUUGUUUAUAAUAUUGUUUCUUUUUUACUUAUAGAAAUUAUUAUGGAAA